AUGAAAGCUCUAGAAACGCUUGGACAGAAACCGAAAGAGUGGGGCCCGCUGUUGUUGCAUAAUAUACUGUGUUCAAAAUUAAACAACGAGACAUUGAAAGAGUGGGAGAUUAAAUCGGUCAAGGACAAAAUACCGUCCGUUACGAAAUUAAUCCAGUUCAUAGAGGAUUGGUUCCAAAUAUCCGAAUCCAUUGAAUCGUCUAAAUAUAUAAAUACAGAGUCUGCAGCAAAGGAAAAAGGUCUUACAAAGUUUAGUAAAAAUAAUAAAUACAAAGCCRCAACAAGUUCAACGGCAUUUACAUCGACAGCUACGGCUGUAUGUUAUGCGUGUAAUCAGCCGCACACUAUUUAUAAAUGUCCAGUAUUUACUGCUUUAUGGACACGUGAUCGUCAUGACAAGGUAGUCCAACUAGAGCUUUGCAAAAUUUGUUUACGCAAACACAGUGGUAGUAAAUGUUUUGGUAAAUAUUGUUUUAAAUGUAAUAAACCACAUAAUACGAUGUUACAUUUAAACCAAAAACAUAAUAUCAACGAACCAGUUUCAAACACAGAUAAAGGUGAACAGACGGCGACGACAACACAUGUYGCUAAUGAGACCGAUAACGUGUUGCUAGGUACCUCGGUAGUAGAAGUAUUCGGCCUAAACGGCGAAAAGAUUUACGCCCGGGCAUUGCUCGACUUGGGGUCGACUAAUCAUUUCAUUUGUUCGGAGUUGGUAAACAGUUUAAGAUUAAAUAAACAUAAGACCAACCAUAUUGUUUACGGCAUCGGGAAUUCAAAACAGAACGUGACUGCCACGGUAUCGUUAAGAAUCAAAUCGCGUGUGAGUGAUUAUGAAAUAAACACGCAAUUAUUAAUUGUUCCAAAAAUCACGGGAGAUUUACCCGCGCGAAGAGUGUCCAAAGGUAAAGUGAAACUCGAAAGGAUUACACUGGCGGAUCCGUCAUAUAACGUUCCGCAAAAAAUUGACAUAUUAAUUGGAGCACGUCAUUUUUAUGACAUUGUGGGUGCUCAGCAGUAUAAACCGGAUUCAAAUGACCCUGUAUAUCGAGAGUCUAAAUUUGGAUAUAUUAUUUCUGGUUUAACAUCAAACGACACAAACAUAAAAAACACGAUUUCCUGUUAUACAUCAAACAGUCACGAAAAUAUUCAUGAAAACAAAUAUGAGUCUUUAGAAAAUGUAAUACAACAGUUUUGGCGCAUCGAGGAUUACGGYAAAAGCAAACCUUACACGAUGGAAGAGCAAACUUUCAAGCAAAACGUUAGUCGUAUCGAGAGCGGUCGAUUUGUUGUACAUCUGCCGUUCCGCGGAAACGUCUCAAAAUUAGGCAAGUCCUUCGACAUCGCAAAAAGAAGAUUAUUCGCAAUAGAAAGGCGAUUUAUAAAAAAUCCCUCGCUGAAAGGGGAUUACGUAAAGUUUAUGACCGAAUAUGAAAAAUUAAACCAUAUGACACAGAAUAUGGACAACGAAGAAAUCGAAUUGCCCGGUCGUAUGUGCCAUCUAGCUCACCAUUGCGUACAAAAUGAAAAAAGCCUCACAACAAAAUUACGCGUAGUAUUUGAUGCCUCAACAAAAACAGAAAGUGGGGUUAGUUUAAACGAAGUACUGCAAAAAGGACCGUCAAUACAAGAGGAAUUAAUUCACAUAUUAGCCAGAUUUUGCACUCACAAUUUUGUGGUAACUGCCGAUAUAAAAAAAAUGUACUGA